AACUGGAACUCGAGCAGCAGGAGCUUGCACUCUUUAUAUCUUUUUUUUUUAGCUUUAGCUUAUUUUAUGGGUUUUAUUUUUAGAUAUUUUUGGUUUAUUUCAGUUUUUCCACCGUGUGAAUGUCGAGCCACUGUUUUAUUUCCUGCUGUGUCGCCUUGGAAACAGAGCCUGAUAAGAUCCAGAUAGACUCAGUGGUCUGGCGUGGUGCUUGUGAGUCCACAGCUGAUGACGAGCGUCUGCUCGGUGUCUCCGUGGAGACGGAAGUGUCUCGGGAGGGACGUCGUUAAAAGAUUUCACCUCAAACUUUUCUCCUUCAUUAUCUCCACAGGCGUCUGGUGUCGUCAUGAUCGGCGUCGGCUUUUCCUCCAUCGACGGCAACGUACCAGUCGCUGAGUUGUUUGACCAGUUGUCCAGCAGCGACGGUUUACUCGUCCUGCAGGCGUUUGGUCCAAUCACGGUGAUUUUGUCGCUUGUGGGCGUCUGCGCCGCGGCUUUGGACCUGAAACCUCUGCUGCUGGUGUUCUCUGCUCUGAUCUUCGUGGAGUUCGUGGCUCUCAUGGUCGUGGCGUCUCCACUGGUCCAGGUCCAGGCUCAGAUGGACAGUGCGGUGGACGAGGUCUUCCUGAACGUCACUCCUCUUCAUAAAGCAGAUCUUUACAUCCAGACAGAACUGAACAAACUCCAAACUUCAGACUCUUGUUGUGGUCUGAGGAGUUUUGAAGACUGGGACAAUCAACUUCCUGUUUCCUGCGUCUGCGCAACACCAACACCACCUGUGACCUCUGACCUCCAGCCGAGAUCUGAUUAUGGAGACUCUGAAAAUCUCUGUGUGAUGGUCGGCAGUGACCUUUACCCUCUGACCUCACAGGUCACAGAGAAGUUAUGGGUUCACUCCAAGCCCUGUGGUCCGAUCCUGAAGAGUUACCUGAGUUUCCCGAUCAAACUGAGGAUCGGAAUCAUCUCGGCCUUUGCCACCAUCGCGAUGGCAGCCAUCGCUCUGUGUCUGACUCUGGGUCUGGAGGAACACUGGAAGACGCCUCCGGUGGAAAUGACGGUCGACGACUUCAACAGAGUGAAAUAUCAACCCAAGCCCUCCCUCACCUGACCCCUGACCCCUGACCCCUCCUCCCUGCACUGAGGAUCGCAAUAAGUAUUUAGUAAAAACGCAACGUCAAGUUUGUUUGGAAAGUGUAUGUGUGUGUGUGUGUGUGUGUGUGUGUGUGUGUGUGUGCCUCGUCAGGAUUAUCUGACCUCGUCAGGACCAGUAGUCCUCAUGGAGACUAAACCUGGUCCUAACAUUGAGGCAGAACCUCAUUUCUUAGUUAGUUCGUUUGACAGAUGAACUCCUUAGGGCGAGGUUUAGGUUAGCUUACCUAAGAGUUAGUAUGUGUAAGGUUAAGUUUGAUUUAGGUUUGAGUUAGCUAAGAUGCAAGUUAGCUGUUGGCUUGGGUUAGGUUUAGCUUAGCUUAGAUGAGAGUUAGCUUAGGUUUAGGUUAGCUUAACUCUUAUGUUAACCUAAUUAAACCUACAUUUGUUUUAGGUUCAAGUUAGCUAAGAUGCAAGUUAGCUUACAUAGAGUUAGCUUGGGUUAGGUUUAGUUUAGCUUUGCUUAGAUGAGUUAGCUGAGCAAAGGUUAUAUUUUUGUUAGCUUAGAAUAUAGCUAGCUAAACUAGGGCUAUAGUUAUGUUAGUUUAGUUGAGUUAUCUUAGUUUGAGUUGAGUUAUCUUAGGUUUAGCCUCGAUGAGAGUUUAGGUAAAGUUAAUUUUAGGUAAGACAACAGUGAGCAAAGGAAAGGUUAGGUUAAUAAGUUAUGGUUAGUAAAGUGUGUGUGUGUGAGAGAUAACAGGAUAUUUCAAACAUGUAUAAACUCAUAACAUCACUGUAAAUGAAAAAAAAGAAAAAGAGUUUAAUUUCUGAACUUCCUGUCGUCAUAGUAACACACAGCUCUGUGUGUGUGUGUGUGUGUGUGUGUGGGUGUAUGUGUGGUCUUUGGCCACAUGGUGGCAGCAGUGUGCAGCACUAACAGUGUGAACAGCAUCAGAGAGAAAAACUCUGUGCAUCUGUAUUUAUCUGUAUUCUGAACCACACUUUUACACUCAGUGGUCACUUUAUUAGGAACACCAACACAACAGGAAGUCUCCUGUUCUACCACGCCACAGCUAGAGGUCACUGUUUCACCGGUUAUCUGACGACUUCUGCUUCUCUGCAUAAUAUUAUUCAGAUUAUAAUAUUUAUUAUUUUAAAUGUUUACAUGUGACAGAAUGUAAUCUGAUUACAACUCACGUCUAUGUUUCACCCACUGCUGUGAAAACAAAUAACAUCAGUAGUCUGGUUAGGCUUAGGUUAACUCACAUUAGAGUUAACCUAAGCCUCAAUCUUAUCUAAGAUAACGUAACUCUGAGAUAAAUUUACCUAAACUAGGCUAACUCUCAUCAAAGCUAAGCUAAAGGCAAGUUUAGGUUUGUCUUAGCUUUGAUCAGAUUUGAUUUAGGUUUAGUUUAGCUUACAUAAGCUUUAGUACAUGUAAGCUUUAGUACAAUGUUGGGUUAGUUUACAGCGUAGGUUGGGUGAGGUUUAAGUUAGCUAUGACUUCAUGAAGAACAACAACAACACACAACAGUUACAGAAUAUAAUCUGAAUACAACUCGUGUCUAUGAAAACAACUGAGGUCAGAAGUUAUUUUAGGUUUCGGUUAUCUUACAUUAGAGUUAGGUUUAGGUUAACUCACGUAAGAGUUAACUUAGGUUAUCUUUAGAUUAGCUUCCAUAAGAGUUAACCUAGGUUAGGUUUAAGUUAGCUAAGAGUUUAUUAGGAACACACAAUAAUUACAAAAUAUAAUCUGAUUAUAAUUCACGUCUAUGUUGCUGUGAAAACAACUGAGAUCAGUCAUCAGAUUUUAGAAGAUACACUGAUUGAUUGAUUGAUUGAUAUUAAGAGUCUAAAGUUUGUGUCUUGUUGUAAAUAUAACAUUUAUUUUUUUCAAAAAUUCCAGGAGACAAAACUUUUUCUUAUUCUUCAAUUAUUUGCCCAGUUUUUUUUUGUGUGAAACAUUAAAUAAUCGAAACACGUGACUUUGACUUUGAACAUUUAUUUAAAUAUAGUCUGGAGACAGGAAUAAACAGAUGUUUUUAAAUUAGAAAACAAAAUCUGUGACGGUCAGAUUAUAACAUAAAAUCUAAGGAAAGAGAA